AUGGUAGAAGGGGAAGCAUGUCGAGAACCUUACCAAGAAACGUACAUUCUUACAUCCUCAUCAGCCCCCCAGCCCAGCAUCAAUCCACCCGUCAAGAUGCAGCUCAUCUCUGUCGUCACCGUCGCCCUCGCUGUCUUCACCGGCGCCGCCUUCGCCAACCAGGAGAAGACCGACGUCAAAGCCAUUGGCAAUACGCAAACCCCGCCGCCUCCUGCCAUCCGAAAGAAGACGACCAGCACCGCAUUUUCAGACGCCACCACACCCAUACAUUCAGCCCAAACUAUCUACCCUGUCAUUGAAGUAUAG